AUGGCCUCUAAACAGUUCUACCUACUCGGAGAAGAUGAAUCAACAGCAUUGGAUGUCGAUGUUUCAAAGGCGAGCGAUGUUAGUUCACUGCAGCUCUUGAUUGCUGGCCAAUUCGCCAUCGUUGAGCCGUCUGGAAUUGCUUUCCAGUCGAACGAUGGCCCACUUGCUGAGGUAGAAGAUAUCAAGAAGGCCAGUGGAGCUAUUGCAAUCACCAUUGACGGUCAUGCCGUUCGCGAAGUUCCUGGUCCGAAAGGUAUGCCAUUUGUUGGCAACUAUUUCGAAAUCUUGCCAGAUCAUUUGGGCAACAAUCAACGUCUCUUUGAAAGAUACGGGCCUAUUUUCAAGACCACCUCUCUCGGUCGGACUGCGUAUCAAAUCAACGAUGCGGAACUGGCUGCGAUUGUGUUUGCAGAGACCGAUUUCUUUACCAAGAAGAUCAACGAGAACCACCCGCUAUACCCAAUCAAAGACGACCAGGCCGGUGUGUUCCUGAGCGAUACCGAAAAUCCAACAUGGAGCAUCGUCCAUAAGUUCUUGCCUCCAGCAUUUGGCCCCAAGGCGGUUCGUCACUAUGCUCCCAUCAUGCAGGCCUGCAUCGAAUCUGCACUGCCAAUAUUCGACAAGCUUGAAGAAGAUAAUGAAACCUGGAAUGUCUACCAGUACAUGACCAAGCUUGGCGCUGAGACGAUUGGCAAAGUCGUCCUCGGCAUGGACUUCAACCAUUUCUCAGAGGUCGACGCACCAAUGCAUGCAUUCGUGCGAGCGAUUGUCGAAGUGUUGUCGCUGAACAAGAAGAUUGCAUCUAAGGGCGAGUUCUUCGCCCAUCUUCCAUUUGGCGACCCGAAGAAAUUGAAGGAGAUACAAGAUUGGGAAGCGAGCGAAGUCGACAAGGUGAUCCAGAACACAAAGGCUGGCGGAACUGAAGAUCUGCCUCUGCAGGAUGCCGCUCUGCAUGCUACGAAUGUUAUCGACUAUCUCGUGAGAGCUGUUGACUCCAACGGCGAGAAACUCCCGAAGGAGAACCUCGUCUCGGCUGUGAUUGUUGCCUCAGGCGCUGGCUUUGCGACUACAUCCACUUUACUGUCCUGGCUCAUCUACGGACUUGUCACGUAUCCGGGAAUGCAAGCAAGACUCUUGCAGGAGCUUGUGGACAACGACUUCAAUGACGACACAGUUGUCACUCCCGAGCUCAUCGAGAAGUUGGAGUUUCAGGAGAAAUACGUGAAGGAGAUGCAGCGAGUCAACAAUCCGUCCUACCAGCCCGGUCGGACCGCCAAGACAGACCUCGUGCUGCCUGGUGGAUACAAGCUCAAGGAAGGAGACGUGGUGAUUGCCGCCAUUCAUCACAUCCACCAAAACCCCAAAUACUGGGACAACCCGGCCCACUUCGACCCCGACCGCUGGGAUACCGACGCUGUCAAGAAUCGCCACAAGGCCGCCUACUGCCCAUUUGCCAUCGGUCCCCGCUCGUGCAUCGGAUUCAACUUUGCUCUGCAAGAAGUCAAGCUUUUCUUGCCUAAGCUUGUGUGGCGGUAUCACUGGGAGAGAGUCGGCGAGGCUGCGGUUCAGUAUGAUCCCUACUUUCAACUUGUCCGUCCGGUGAAUCUGUAUCCCCCGAAAUCGUAUGAGACCAGGCCGGUCGUGAUCCUCGGUGGCGGAGUUUUGGGUCGUCGAGUUGCGGCAUGCUGGACAGCAGGCGGCUGGCCCGUCCACAUCCGCGACCCCAGCGAAGCACAACGCACCCAAGCCCUCGAAUACGUGAAGGAAAACAUCGCAACCUUCACCAACCUGACCCAACGCAAUCCCGGAGAAUGCUCUGUCUUCGACGACCUCCCUUCCGCGCUCAAAGACGCCUGGCUGGUGAUCGAAGCCGUGCCGGAGAAGUUGGAGAUCAAGGAAGCGACGUUUGCGGAUCUGGAGAAGUAUGCGCCGGAAGAUUGCAUUUUGGGGACAAAUUCGAGUAGUUUUAAGAGCGGCGAGUUGUUGGGUAGGGUCAAGGAUGAGACGAAGAAGAGGGCGCUGAAUACGCAUUAUAUGAUGCCUCCCGAGGCUCUGAUCGUCGAGUUAAUGACCUCAGGCCACACAUAUCCGGACCUCUUCCCCUGGAUGGUAGAGCGUCAGAAGGAAGCUGGACUGCACCCCAUUGUAGCACAGAAAGAAUCCACAGGAUUCGUUUUCAACCGGAUCUGGGCGGCGAUUAAGCGGGAGACUUUGAAGGUAUUGCAAGAGGGUGUUUCGACGCCCGCGGAGGUCGACAGAUGCCAUAUGAUGGACAACGUCGGUCUGGACACCGUAUCCAACAUUGAGGAACAUUACGUCAAAGAGCGUGGUAUCACCCGAGCACAUCUGGAUUGGUUGAACGAGAAUUACGUCAAGCCCGGCAAACUAGGCAAGAAGACAGCAGGCAAAGGCGGGUUGUACGAGGUGCCAAAGCCAGGUUCGCAGACGAAGCUCAUAUUCUUGAAUCUUGGCACUGCAGAGCCAAUUGACGACAAAGUAUCCUUUGAUGAGGUCUUGGUGAGUUGUAAUUCCUUCAGGAACAAUCGAAUCCAGACUGACUGGUGCGGCAAAGCCCAGAAUCUGCUCACGCACGAAUACAUGCCAGACGGUAUCGAUGUCUAUGGCGACCGAAUCUAUUGGACCGAUAUGGGCAAUCCAAAGGUGUUCGAGGGCCAGAUCUUCAGCGCGAAACUGGAUGGGAGCGACAUCCAGACAGUGGUGCCUAAGGGCAAGAUCUUUACUCCAAAGCAGCUCAUAAUUGACCAGCAAGCCAAGAAAGCGUACUUCUGUGACCGAGAAGGGUGCAGGGUUAUGCGUGUGAACCUGGAUGGCAGCGAGUUGGAGACGCUGGUUCAGACGGCGGACUGGGAGAAGGAGACGCCGGAAGAGACGGAGUGGUGUGUGGGUAUUGCUGUGUCGCAGAAGUUAGGCAAGAUCUUCUGGACACAGAAAGGGCCGUCCAAAGGCUCUCAAGGUCGCAUUUUCUCCGCCGGACUGGAGACUCCCAAAGAUCCAGCAAAUCGCUCCGAUAUCAAGGUGGUCAUGGACAAGCUCCCAGAGCCUAUUGAUCUCGAACUCGACGAAGAAACCGGAGUCUUGUACUGGACCGAUCGUGGCGAACUACCCCUCGGCAACACGCUGAACAGGAAGACGAUAGUCGGCACCGUUCCUCAGUCGGAGAAGAAGUUGGGACGCCAGAUCAUCGCCCAGGGAUUCACCGAGGCCAUUGGCUUGAAGCUCGACCAAGAGAUGAAGUGCAUCUGGGUGGCGGAUAUUGGAGGUCAUAUCUGGAAGUGUAAUCCUGACAGAGCGGCUUUGAAGGAGAAGGUGUAUGAGAGCGAAAUUGGCGCUUUCACCGGAUUGACGUUCAUCAGAGUGUAG